AUGCUUGCAUCAAAGGUCAUCUGUGACGACACUCACUUCUUCCCCACUGCUCAGGGAUCUUCAGGUCACCGUCUUUUCAUAUCUGCUUUCAUGCUUGCAUCCAAGGUCAUCUGUGACGACAGUUAUUCCUUCCUCACUGCUGAAUCUUCAGGUCACCAUCUUUUCAUAUCCACUUUCAUGCUUGCAUCCAAGGUCAUCUGUGACGACAGUUAUUCCUUCCCCACUGCUGAAUCUUCAGGUCACCGUCUUUUCAUAUCCGCUUUCAUGCUCUCAUCCAAGCAUCAGGAAAUCACUGGGUUCCUUUUUGUUUCUUAA